GUGGCACUGCAACAUCAGGUGCUGGGCAGUGUGGCAGCAUCGGGUGCCAAGAGCAGCAGCCAAUACCCACGAGACCAGCAGAAGCGUAUCUUGACCAUUUGCUCAAUUUUCUGCAAACCCACGGGGGCUGCCCUGCCUUGAGUGCUGCUCCUGACAGCUCUGCUUCCACAGAUGUCUGGCUCACUUCAAAGACAGUCGCCUUUCUUUCUAAAGAUGGAUUUACUGCUUAAAACAGACUUCUGUGAACCUUUCGGCAAAUCCUGAAAGUGGCACACAGUGGAGACGUGGGUGGCUCUGCAAGCCUGUGUCUGGCAUGGAGCCGUCCCUGUCCCCGGGCGCCGCACAGUCUGUGGCCCAGAACAGCACCUUCCCGGUGUUCAACCUAUCACACGUGCUGGCGGGCACCAUCCUGACCAACCACUCAGGCGACCUCUCUGAGCACCAGCAGUAUGUGAUUGGCCUGUUCCUCUCGUGCCUCUAUACUAUCUUCCUCUUCCCCAUUGGCUUUGUGGGUAACAUUUUGAUCCUGGUGGUAAACAUCAGCUUCCGAGAGAAGAUGACCAUCCCUGACCUCUACUUCAUCAACCUGGCGGCGGCGGACCUCAUCUUGGUGGCAGACUCCCUCAUUGAGGUGUUCAACCUGGACGAGCAGUACUAUGACAUCACUGUUCUGUGCACCUUCAUGUCCCUCUUCCUUCAGAUUAACAUGUACAGCAGCAUCUUCUUCCUCACAUGGAUGAGCUUUGACCGGUACAUUGCUUUGGCCAGGGCCAUGCGCUCUGGCCUAUUCCGCACAAAACACCAUGCCAGGCUAAGUUGCGGCCUCAUCUGGAUGGCCUCUGUCUCUGCCACCCUCGUGCCCUUCACGGCUGUGCACCUGCAGCACACCGAAGAGGUUUGCUUCUGCUUCGCUGACGUCAAGGAGAUACAGUGGCUGGAAGUUACUUUGGGCUUCAUCAUCCCCUUCGCCAUCAUUGGCCUCUGUUAUUCACUCAUCAUCCGGGUUCUUGUCAAAGCCCACAGGCACCGAGGCUUACGUCCCCGGAGGCAGAAGGCCCUGAGAAUGAUCUUUGCCGUGGUCCUUGUCUUCUUCAUCUGCUGGCUGCCCGAGAAUAUCUUCAUCAGUGUCCAUCUCCUCCAGCGCACACAGCCGGGGGCCGCACCCUGCAAACAAUCUUUCCGCCAUGCGUACCCCUUAACCGGCCACAUUGUCAACCUUGCAGCUUUCUCCAACAGCUGUCUGAACCCCCUUAUCUACAGCUUCCUUGGGGAGACCUUCAGGGACAAACUGAGGUUGUACAUUGAGCAGAAGACAAACAUGUCAGCUCUGAACCGCUUUUGCCACGCUGCCCUAAAGGCUGUCAUUCCAGACAGCACAGAACCAUCUGACGUGAGGUUCAGCAGUGCAGUGUAGAGACCACCGGGGCAGCACCAGCAGAGAGCUAAGAUCAUGUUCCUCACAGGACCGCACCCCAGGCUGGUAGGAGAAAGAAUCGGCCAUGUUACGUCCUAAGUCUUGCUGGGAUCACCACCAUGGACACUGUGCCUCAGCUGCAACCACACCUGGCUCUAGAGAACCUUCAGCUGUGACCACACCUGGCUCCGGGGAACCCUCAGCUGCAACCACACCCAGUUCUGGGGAGCCCUCAUCCUUGCCCAUACCUGGCUCCAGGGAACCCUCAGCUACAACCACACCCAAGUUUGGGGAGCCCGCAGCCUUGACCACACCUGGGCUCCAGGGAACCCUCACCAUGAGCCAUAUGAUUGUGCACCAUUUCCACAGACUGCAACUCUCCACCUGCUCCCAGCGGCAUCACGUGAUUGACGGGAAAACACAGGACCAGUGCGUCACUCACGCUCCUCUGCACACACUGGUGCAGCAGCCGCUUCUGAUGUUGGCCAACAAAUACAAAAAGGAGGAGGGCAUUUAAGUUCAAGGUGAAUCUGACAUGGAUCUGCAGUCCUGAGGAAAAUGAAAUCUGGAGACAGAAUGUGGCAUGUUUUCCACAUCUAUGGCUUAUCUCAUUGGUACAAGUGAAGAAGUACUCACAUGGUAAAGAGGAAGGUGAGGCAGAGCUUCUUCCAUGCACACACGGAGCACUCUUCACCUCCCAGAAUAGCCACCUCACCACACCUAUGCCAACACCUGAGUGACACGUGCCACUGACACCUGUGAGUGACACCUGUGCCAAUAUCUGAGAGUGACACCCAUGACUAUACCUGUGCCCUCAGCCGUGUUAGCUGAUGACCUGUCUCUAACGACAUCUGCCCUGCUCUCCUCUCCAUGAGGCCUAUCUGGUCACUGUCCACUCAUGGUGUCUCUGGCUCCAUGUGAGGUUGAGACCUAAGUGUGCGGGUCAGGGACACCACAAUAUAAGACUGUGCGGCUGCAGAGUUAGCCUCUAUAAAAUAA